CAAACGCUAUAGGCUCGCUGCAUCCCACUACCGGGACCUGAUGGUGGUGUGACAGUGUCGCCUUAUCGAAAGGAUAAUUAUACACGCUAACCCGUUUGGAUAUGUGCCUUUUACUAUUUGAUGGAGUACAUACUGGGACGGGUCCAAUAAUCAGGUGUAGAUUAGACAGUGUAGACGUCACUCCAACGCGCGCGGCCAUCUGAAUCAUCACUGGGAUUCGUGACACAGAUUCUGCUGGUGGAAAAGAAAAAAUAUGGCCACGGCAUCGAGAUCGAGCACUUAACCGACCCCUCAGAACAAUAACAAACAAAAUGCUACAGCACAACAACAACAAUAACUACCCUUGCCUGGAUGUGGCCCAUAGAGAGCUGCUCCAUGGUUGCAGGCGAAAUGGUACGACGUUCAGCAGUGCCCUCGGAUUUGGCGCAAUCCCACUAAUUAAAGGUCUUAGGGCCUGGGCAGUAAGUGGAGGAUAUUCAAGAAGUAAGAGAAAAACUGCAGCUGCUUCUCAAGCAUCUGACACAGCUCAUGAGAGUAGAAUCGGGAGUAUUCAUAGGAAGACACAUUCAUUUCAUACACCUGGGGUCAGGCAAGGAGGACUUGGUGCUCUAGUGACUGUGGCCACAUUAAAGGACUCUGAUGGAGGCAGACAAACCCAAACUCGAUGCCUCUUUCUCAAUGCUGAAGGAUGCAAUUACCUCUGUACUGUGGGGACCAGAGUGGAUGGAAGAAAAUCUGAAAAAGGGAGUCAGGAUGGCUUGGGAAUUUCUGAUGGCAGACCUGUCCGGAAAUGGAGGAAGUCUAACAAGAGGCCUAAAUCCAUGGAGAAUAUCUCAUUGGUUGAGAAUAAAGAGGGAGACAGCUCUACGAAACCGGAACUUUUGGACAAACACUCCAUAACACAGUGCCUACAGGCAAAAAGUGCCCUGACAGCAAUUAACAAUGAUGAAGAGCAUGCAAAUGGGUCACAGUUUUCUGUGAAAGAAGACACAACACUAGCCUCUUGCCCAAAACUCAAUUAUAGCUUUGGGGAUCAAGACAUACCCAUUUCUACCAGCGACUGCACAGAAAAUACCACAGAAUUGAGUCAAAAUGAGAGUGAAUUUAUAGCCGAAGUGACUCUGAAUCAUGUAUUAAAAUACAAGGAAAGUGCUAUGCCAUACUCUGAAAAGCAUAGUCCAGGAUUUGAAGUAGUUAUGCAUAAGAAAAAUGGAAUCUUAUCCACCAUUAGCCAUAAUCACACCACACACACCAUUUUAACAGAAAGAAAUCUAAAUAAAUCCAGUGAAUUUGAUAUGGAGAAAUCUAAACAGCAUGGGGUAGAGUCUGAAAUAGUUUCAGCGGAUACCAAUAAGACGAAUGGAACUAAUAGUCACUUUGAGGAGGCCAUUAUAAACCCUGCAUUCAGCAACCUUUCAGAUGAUACUUUUUUAACGGUUUCACAAGUGAAAAGAGAGAUAAAGAAUAGGAAAGAUGAGAGUUCCUUGAAUAAUGAAAUGGAGAAGAUUGUCCAUUUUGGUGAAAUGAAGAAAGUAAAUCAUUUGAAAGAACCAGCAGAGGAGCAUUUGGGGUCACCAGUGUGUAGUUUUCAUCAAAAGCAGGAAGUAAUCAUGGAAGUAAAUAUGACAUUUAAGGAGGGAGGGGAAUUAAAUGCCACAAAUGAGACUUUUGAGGAGCUUGCUAAUUCUUUAUCACAAGGUUCUGGCUUUUUCAUUGUUGCUAAUGCUAUUACGUCGUCGUCUAAUCCGGCCCCCACCACAAAUGCAACUGCCCUCAGAGCCAUGAGUAGUCAGCAACAAGAGGAGACCGAGGGUAUGAGAUUAGCAGUAAAACCAGCAUUGGAGCAGUUCAAAAAGCAAGAGAGAGGCCAGGAAGAGGAGAAUGUGGCAGAUGAAGAGCUUGGAGUGGUGGAUGAAGCAGAUGAGGAUGAAUUUGGCAUUUUUAUGAAGGCAGGAGAUGAGCAGAUCUGGAAUGCAGGAUUCAACGAGCUCAAAAAAGUGCCUUGUGAAAAGAAUGUUGGCAUUGACAUUACAAACUCCUCUGUUUCAAAUGAACCUCUGUCAUUGAUGUCUGACUGGACCAGAGACCUGUCAGUUAGGCAAUCAGAGGACAUAUGGACUGCCUUCAAGCAGGAAGUAGCCAGCAGAGGAGCAGAGAAGGAGUGCUGGUUUUCAACUGCAGUGGAAAACAUGCACCUCACACACUCAUCUCUUAAUACUGUGCCAAAUGUGUUUUUAGAGGCCUUUCCGUGUUUAAAGUCCUCCUGUGGAGAUUCUGACAGCAUUCCCACAUUGACAGAGCUGCUGCGAGGUCCUGCAACAGACAGCUUGCCUGAUACAAAUGGGAAACAGAGUCUACUGGAUGGCCUUCAAGAUCUGGACCGCAUGAUUGGUGUGAAAUACAAGGUCUCAGAGUCUCUUUCCCGAAAGAUUCUCCUGCAGUCAUUGAACUUGAGGACCCCGAAACCCGAGCGUGCAGGUGGUCGCAAACACAACAUGGCGAGGUUUUCACCAAACCUUCCAACCUCCAACCAGCAGAAAGCGGCUUAUGCUAAAAGAAGACUCUCUUAUGACAUCAACAGGAACAUCAUGUCAUAGUUUAUCCUCAUUUUAAAUAACUUUAUUCUUUAAAACCUGCAGAUAAAAUAACUACACAAAAAAAAUUACAUUUUCCAUUAGGGUGUACUUUCUGUUCCAUCUGCAGUCGCAUGGAAGAUUAGUUGUUGUAUAAUUAUGUCUGUUAGUAUUUUAGUAGGUCCAUUUCCCAAACAACAAAUUUAAAAUGGAAAUAAAUAACAUUCAACAAGGAGCAGCUUGAUCAUAUGACAUUACCACUUUUACCUAAACUGUUUACUUAUAGUGCAACUUUUGCUACUGAUUUUGAUUACACAAUAAUAGUGUUUACCUAAUGUUAGCUUGCUGGCAUUUAACAUAAGAUAUCUAAUGCUGGAGAGGGAACAUUGAUGUUAGUUAAGCCAACUAGUUAGGUGGUUAACUUAUCGAAUGUUGCCAGACUACUGUAUUGUUUAAUUCAUUCAUUCAUUCAUUCAUUCAUUCAUUCACUAUGAAUAUCCUGUGGGUGCACCUAUUGGUUAUUUGUCAGCAACCUACCAGCAUGUUUUUGGGAGGUGGGAGAAAACUGGAGAACAAGGAGGAAAACAUUAUGGGCACAGAAAGAACAGAAACAAAUGGUAGCAAAUGCUAUAUUAUAUAAUUACAUUAUAUAAUUACAAUUAAAAUACUAGGGUUAAUUUUUCAUUCAACAAUUCACAUGAUGCCACAACCUAAUCAAAUAUGUUUUUAUUAACCCAGGUGAUCAUUUGGCAUAUACGUUUAUCUGAUGUAAAUUGCAAGCAUAGAUAUAGAAGUGCAAGAGCAACAAAAACAAUUUAACAGUAAGAAACAUAAUUAAGGGCUCAAUAGAAGCACUCUAAACCUAGUCUUCAUUAAAUAUCCUUAAUUUAUUACUGUUGCCAUUGUGGACAAUAAGGACAUUUGGACUUUCAAAUUAUAUGACACUAAUCUGAAACAUAUUUACUUGUCCUGUGCCAACCCUUGAUUCAUGCUGUUACACUUUUCUUCCUUGUAAUGAUGUUUAAAUAAUGCACUUAUUGUUCUUGUUGUUGUCUUUUCAAUUACACUUGUUUCAGAAUAAAAUAUUUGCUGUCCAAUCUAUCAUCCUAGCUCACUUUUCAAUGAAAGAUCAGUAUUUGGAUUUUUGCAGACCAUUAAAUUCAAAUUGCUUUUAUUUUCUUAAUUUUUCACUUGAAUCAGAAAACUGCAGUGUGCCAUUUUUUUUACUAAAUGUGAAAUUCUGAAGAAUAAA